AAGGGAAGGAAGGAGCCCCUGCGCGGUGGGGGUUGAUGGAUCCCGAGCCUGGCUGCGUCCCACCACCGCCCCAGACCCACUGCUGAGCAGGAGUCGCCGGCAGGAUCGGCCGGAGGAGGAGCCCGCCGCGGAGAGAUGUCUUCUAGAAACAUGGCUGGCCAACACAUCCUUCCUCAAGCUUUGUAUCAGAGCAAUAUGCUGAAGGCUAUGAAGAUCAGAGAGAGGACACCUGAGGAUCUAGUCAAACCUCCCAGUGGAAUAAUUCACCACUUCAGGACUAUGCACAAAUACACCAUAGAAAUGUUCAGAAUGUGCCAAUUUUGUCCUCAGUUUCGGGAAACGCUUCAGAAGUCCCUGACUGACCAGGCUACCCAAACUUCACUGGAGCGCCAGAGGAAGCUCAACUGGUGCAUGGAAGUUCGGAGACUUGUUCCUCUGAAGACUAAUGGUGAUGGAAAUUGCCUCAUGCAUGCUGCAUCACAGUACAUGUGGGGUAUUGAAGAUAUCGACCUUGUCUUAAGAAAAACCUUGUUUAGCGCUCUCAGGGAGAUUGACACACGGAACUUCAAGCUCCGCUGGCAGCGGGAGGCUAUUAAAUCCCAGGAGUUUGUAGAAACAGGACUCCACUAUGACACCCGGAACUGGGAGGAGGAGUGGGAAUACCUCAUUGAAAUGACCUCCCCAGAAAUAUCUGGGGCUCAAAACAGGCUUCCAUAUAAUGCACUGGAAGAAAUCCAUAUCUUCAUCCUUGCUAACAUCCUCAGAAGGCCAGUCAUUGUUCUUGCAGAUAAAGUGGUGAGAAGUUUAGAGUCAGGCUCCAGUUUUGCUCCUCUGAAUGUUGGUGGUGUUUACUUGCCUCUCCUUUGGCCACCUGAAGAAUGCUACAGAUACCCAAUUGUGCUGGGCUAUGACAACAUGCAUUUUACACCACUGGUGACUCUGAAGGACAGCGGGCCAGAAAUCCGGGCUGUGCCUCUGGUCACCAAUGAACAAGGCAGAUUUGAGGAUUUAAGUGUGCACUUUCUGACAGAUGCAGAAGAGAGGGAGAAAGAGCAGCUGCUAAAAGUCUACUUGAUAGUGAUAGAAAUUCCAGUGCAAGGCUGGGAUCAUGGUACAACUCAUCUAAUUAAUGCUGCAAAGUUAGAUGAAGGCAACCUACCCAAAGAAAUAAACCUCGUGGAAGAUUACUUUCAACUGGUACAGCAUGAGUACAAGAAGUGGCAGGAGAAUGCGGAACCUGCUAGAAGAGAGGCCUGUUCCAGGAACAAACAAGAGUUGUCCCUUUCCCAGCUCUCCCUCUUACAGAUGAAAUGUGAAACGCUGAAUUGCCCUUUUUACAUGUCUGUGAACACCCAGCCCUACUGCCAUGAAUGUUUUGAGCAGAGGUCCAAAGGAAGAAAGCAGACCUUCAAAGCAGCACCUGAGAAAAUGAAGGCAGCUGGGUCGGGCUCCUCCCGCAGGGAUAUUUGUGAACCUGGAGGAUGGCCGUCUGAAGGGCCUGUAACAGAGCCUCGCUCUGCACCUCCGACAGCUCCAAGCCUUUUCCUAUACAGCGAAACCACGGCCAUGAAGUGCAGGACACCAGACUGUCCCUUUACGCAGAAUGUGCAACACAAUGGGCUGUGCGAACGCUGCUACAACUCCAGACAACUUGGUCCUUGCAACAACUUGGAUGACCAGAGACAUUUGGACUAUGCCACAUGCAAAAUGUGCCGUCAAAAGGCCAACAGGACCUUCAAUGGCAUAUGCAGCACUUGCUUCAAAAGGUCUACAGAGCAAUCCUCAAAUGGCAGCCCCGCUUUCCUGCCCACCUGCCACCAGAGAUCAACGUCUGACCCAUCCCAGAUCUCGCAGAUCCUUCACCAGUACUCCUGCCAUCAGGCUCCCAACAGCCGUGGUGAGGAGCCCCUGCCGCCAGUGCUGCCUCCUGGGGAGAACAGAGGAGGUAACCUCUGUAGGAAACCUGGUUGCAAGUUUUUUGGGACAUCACAAAAUGAGGGCUUUUGUACACUGUGUUUCUUUGAGUACAGAGAAAACCAUGAUAGCGCUUUGCUACGCCACCAGAGGAGAUCUCAGAGGAAGUCUUCGGCAGGGGGUCAGACGGGGACCUCCACUGCUGGCUUCCGUAACACUGUGUCCUGCCAGCGGAGGGACUGUGGCACCCUGGGCAGCACGAUGCUUGAGGGGUACUGCCAGAACUGCUUCAUUAUAGCCCAGAACCAGCGAUUUCAGGAGGCCAGAAGGACAGAAGAACAGCUGGUGAGACAGCCAGAAAGAACAGGGCAGCAUAGAGAUGUGCAGAGAGCAGCACUGAGUAGCCAGAAGAGACAAUGUGCUGUGGCUUCAUGUAGAAACAACCUGACCUGCAGAAGUGAUGACUUGUGCCCGGAGUGCCGGCGACUUAGUCAGCUCCCACCAUCGGGAAGUACCAGGGACCCAGCAGCACAGGAGCCCCCAAAGCAGCGCUGCCGAGCCCCUGCCUGUGAUCACUAUGGUAAUGCUAAGUGCAACGGCUACUGCAAUGAAUGCUACCAGUUCAAACAGAUCUAUGGCUAGAGGAGGAGCUGGUAAGGAACAAGAAAGCAAUACCAGCUACUUCCUUCACUGAAAUGGUGCUAUGUCCAAAACACGUAACAGUCCUGGGAAUGGGAGAGUGGGGGGAAAUAUAAGCUGUCUGCUUGGUUCAUGUUUAUUUCCAAGAAUGGGAAUAAAUGUCUACUUCCUCUAAACACUGCAUACAAGGACUGCUGAGAAGGUCACGUUGCCUUCUACACAGAGCUCUCAUUCAUGACUAAGUUCCUACAAUGCCAUAUUUAAUUCUUAGACUUCCCAGGAGGAAGUGUGAAGCAUUUUGAAUCCAAAGAACUUCCCAGUUCUGUCUCUUUCUCAAUACCUCCCCUUCUCCCAAGUGAGGGGCUGUGUCUGCUGUCGGAGAUGCAAGAGCUCCUUAUGUCUGCAUACAUCAGUCAGAGGCAAGUCCUUCCUGGACAGGAUUCCCCAGGACAGACUGAUCCAUCUUCCGGUUGAUGUCUGAAGAAACUUUGUCCAUGUCUUUGCUGGUGUUCUUACAGAGCUUGCCGAGGUGGGAGCUCCCACAGGUAUUUAGGGAGUUCACGACGACUGUUUCUGUUUGCAGAGCCCUCAGCAAACUGCAGCCUGAAACAAGACCAGCAUUGAUUUGCUCCUUCAACAUGCUUAACCAAACCAGCAUUUAGAUCCUUUCCCAAAUCCCAAGACAGGUGGAAAUACAGGUGAUUACAGAAGAAAUGCAUGUGAUGGGAAAAAUGCAUCCUGCCAUUGCCCACUCAUAUGGAAGGAAUUACCUCAAAUGGACAAAAAAACCCCCAAAGCCCUUUGUCUUCAGCUUUAGUUCUGAAACAGGGGUGACUCUUCUCUCUCUUGCAUUUCAACUUUAAGGAGUAUGUGUGUGCUGUUCAUACCCUCCCUCCCUGUUUCUGUCACACUUUCUGUCAUCCCUAAUGUGAUUCUGUCAUGCAAACAGCUUGGAGCUCAGUAACAGAGUUCUUUAGGGUUGAGAUUUUACUUCUGGAGUUUGUGCUUCCACUUCUCAAUCUGCAUUACUUUCUCUAGCAACCUCACCUUUACCACUGUGUCUGGUAACUGCUUCUCUCUUCUGCUUCACAUCUUGUAAGUUUUCAGCAUCUAUUUUGCUGCUAUGAUUUUGGAGGUGAUACCUCUUCUAACUUGCUUCUCAAGUUUAGAAUCUUUUUCUAGUUAUUAAACAGUUUUUAAAAAGAAAAAGAUUAAGUAAUUCAUUACUUGUUUCUGUUAAAUUUUAUAUAUUUUGUGAACCUUAAUGUGAACGUAUGUUUUAUUACAAUAUUUAUAUUAUUUGAAACAAUGCAAUUUGAAAUUUGCACAACUAGGAUUUUUUUAUAUAUAUAUUUACUCUUGUGUUGAAGGUUACAAACUUAAAUGUAUAAUUGAAAAACAUUCUCUGAUAUAAAGAAAUAAAUUAUUUAAGGAUUGGA